GUAGCAGUUGUAAACGUUCCUCGACUGGAGAGUUACCAGAAGACGGGUUACGUUUGUCUUUUUGUGUACAUGACUUUCUGUUCACUGACAUUUUUUCUUCAUUACGUCAGGUCUUUACCCAUUUAUGCUCCUCCCCCUUAAAAGAAUUCACCUCAAAGGGCCCAAAAGUGUUGGGUAGACCAACUAGUCCAGCAGAGUAUACAGAAAAUAAGUGCCUUCAGACCAGAUGUCUUCGUCCCCCACUAACCCUUCUGUCCUCCUAAAUACGGGGGUUCAGAUGCCCAUUCUGGGCUUGGGGACCUACAAGUUAGUGGGUCCUGGAGAUGUCUACCGGGCUGUGGACGCAGCGCUGGAUGCUGGUUAUCGGGCCUUCGACAGUGCAGCUGUCUACCGCAAUGAAGCUGACCUGGGCCGAGCCCUGAAGGAGCUCCUGCCCAAACAUGGCUUAACCAGAGAGGAUGUGUUCAUAACCAGUAAGCUGGGCCCCAAGGAUCAGGGUGACAGAGCCAUGGAAGGAGCCCUUCACAGCCUGUCUCAGCUGGACUUGGGUUACAUUGACCUCUACCUGAUCCACUGGCCUGGCACACAGGGUCUGGUAGUGGGUGACCAACGCAACCCAGGCAAUCGAGCUCAGAGUUGGGUCACACUGGAGGAGCUGCAUGCUCAGGGGAAGCUGAAAGCCAUAGGAGUGUCCAACUACACACCAGCACACAUGAGAGAACUGAUGCAGAGCUGCAAAAUCCCUCCUGCAGUGCUCCAGGUGGAGUUUCACCCAAGGCUGUGCCAGACAGAGCUGAGGAGUGUUUGUAAGGAGUAUGGAGUGUGUUUCCAAGCGUACUCCUCCUUAGGGCAAGGAGACCUGGUCACUGACCCUGUGGUCAUGGAGGUGGCAAAGAACUGUGAUCGCACACCUGCACAGGUCCUGUUGCGCUGGGCUGUGCAGCAGGGCGUCCCAGUGCUGCCCAAGUCGUCCAAUCCAGACAGAAUAAAGGACAAUGCCAGGCUUUUUGAUUUCACACUGAGUGACACAGACAUGGACAGACUUUCAGCUUUGGACUGUGAACACAAGUAUUGCUGGGAUCCAUCAGCAGUGGCUUGAUCAAUCACUAAGGGAACACACAUUGUCUUCCACGAUGCCUCUUUAAUGCUGCUGUUCUUCACCUCUGACUGGCAGUGAUGCAGCGGCGGUCUGUUUAGACACAGACAGCUGAGUUACAUAACAAAUGCACUGGGGGGGGAAGUACUGAUUUAGGUUAAUGUAUGUACCUAGUUAUUUAAGAGUAACAUGUUGGACAACACUGGCCAAUACGUUGUCCUGUUUGUGAGCCAUAUGCCAUAACAUACCAAGAGCAUUUCUAGGCAGUACCUAUAAGUGUGUUUCCUGCUGACUAAAAAAUUAUUUACUGUGCCAUCAUUUUGAGACUAUCAGUAUUACCAUGCAUGUUGCCUCAUACUGUUCCUUAACGGUACUCUUACAAAGUAGUGUUAUGACUUUUGCGUUCUGGCUUUCUCAUUUGAAAUGUCUAUGAAAUACAACAAAUUUGCUAUUGUAAAAUUA